AUGUUGACUCUGACUCCCGUCGUAACUGUGUCCUAUGAAGUCAAGAAUGCAUUUCUGUUCCUUUCAAUCCUGGAGUUUGCAGUGGGGAUCCUGGUCAAUACCUUUAUUUUCUUGGUGAAUUUUUGGGAUGUUGUAAAGAGACAGCCACUGAGCAGCUGUGACCUUGUGCUGUUCUGUCUCAGCAUCACCCGGCUUUUUCUGCAUGGGCUGCUGUUUCUGAGUGCCAUCCAGCUUACCCACUUCCAGCAGAUGAAAGACCCCCUGAACCACAGCUACCAAACCAUCAUCAUGCUCUGGAUGAUUGUAAACCAACUCGGCCUCUGGUUCGCCACCUGCCUCAGUCUUCUCUAUUGUUCAAAGGUGGUUCGUUUCUCUCACACCUUCCUGCUCUGCUUGGCACGCUGGAUCCCCAGGAAGAUUCCCCAGAUGCUCCUGGGUACUAUUCUUCUCUCUUGCAUCUGCACUGCCUUCUGUUUGUGGGACUUUUUUAGAAGAUCACACUCCACAGUCACAUCUAUCCCAUUCGUGAAUAAUACAGAAUUCAACUUGCAGAUUACAAAACUCAACCUUUUUUAUUCUGUUCUCUUCUGCAAUCUAGGGUCUAUCGCCCCUUUCCUAUUUUUUCUCAUUUCUUCUGGAGUGCUCAUUGUCUCUCUGUGGAGGCACAUGGAGACAAUGAAAGCCCAAACCAGCGGUUCUCGUGACCCCAGCCUAGAGGCUCACAUCAAAGCCCUCACGUCUCUUGUCUCCUUUUUCUGCUUUUAUGUGGUGUCAUUCUGCACUGCCCUCCUCUCGGUGCCCUUAUUGAUGCUGUGGCACAACAAGAUAGGGGUGAUGGUCUGUUUAGGGAUGAUGGCAGCGUGUCCCUCUGGACACGCAGCCAUCCUGAUCUCAGGCAAUCCCAAGCUGAGAAGAGCUGUGGAGACAAUACGACUCUGGGCUCAGAGCAACCUAAAGCUGGGAGCAGACCACAAGGCAGAUCCCAGGGCACUUUGCUGA